UGAGUUCUUUAGUCUGUUUCCUCUUGGCUGACUUGCAGACCGAGCCAUGUCGGGCCGCGGCAAGCAGGGCGGGAAGGCGCGCGCCAAGGCCAAGUCGCGCUCGUCGCGGGCCGGGCUGCAGUUCCCCGUGGGCCGCGUGCACCGGCUGCUGCGCAAGGGCAACUACGCGGAGCGGGUGGGCGCCGGCGCCCCGGUGUACCUGGCGGCCGUGCUGGAGUACCUGACGGCCGAGAUCCUGGAGCUGGCGGGCAACGCGGCCCGCGACAACAAGAAGACGCGCAUCAUCCCGCGCCACCUGCAGCUGGCCAUCCGCAACGACGAGGAGCUCAACAAGCUGCUGGGCAAGGUCACCAUCGCGCAGGGCGGGGUGCUGCCCAACAUCCAGGCUGUGCUGCUGCCCAAGAAGACCGACAGCCACAAGGCCAAGGCCAAGUGAAGCGCUAAAAGCAAACAACCCAAAGGCUCUUUUCAGAGCCACCCACGCUUUCCCAAAAAGAGCAGGAACACGUCAGUGUAAAUGCCAGCUUUGCUGUUUCUUUGGAAACUGACUAUAACCAGAAUCGUAUUUAUAGAGAUUACUAAGCGGCAAGUUCCCAUUUUUAAUAACAUGAGUCUGUUCUGCUUGGAAGCUACUAUUAAGUUCUCUAAAUAUCAACAAAAUAAAGACACUGAUGAAGUGCACUCAGCCC